AUGGCAUCCAAAAAGAUGAUGUUUGUGGCGAUGUUGCUCUGCCUCUCCAUGCAGGCUCUGGCGGAGGAUCCCUACCUCUUCUUCGAGUGGCACGUAACGUACGGGACCAUCUCCCCUCUCGGCGUCCCUCAGCAGGGUAUCCUCAUCAACGGCCAGUUCCCGGGCCCCAAGAUCAACUGCACCUCCAACAACAACAUCGUGGUCAAUGUGUUCAACAACCUGGACGAGCCCUUCCUCCUCACAUGGGCAGGGGUCCAGCACCGCAAGAACUCGUGGCAGGACGGAACCCUGGGCACCAUGUGCCCCAUCAUGCCUGGCACCAACUACACCUACAAGUUCCAGGUUAAGGACCAGAUCGGCAGCUAUUUCUACUACCCCACGACCGCCCUCCACCGCGCGGCCGGCGGCAUGGGAAUGCUCCAGGUCCACAGCCGCGACCUCAUCCCUGUCCCCUUCGACUGGCCGGCCAACGAUUUCGCGGUCCUCCUCGGCGACUGGUACAACAAGGGCCACAAGACCCUCAAGCGUGUCCUCGACGCCGGCAAGAGCAUCGGCCUCCCCGAUGGCAUCCACAUCAACGGCAAGUCCGCCAACGCUGGCAACCCCGCCCCGGCCGAGCCUCUCGCGACCGUUGAGCCCGGCAAGACCUACCGCUUCCGCGUCUGCAAUGUCGGGAUCAAGGCCUCGAUCAACUUCCGCCUCCAAGGCCACACCUUGAAGCUCGUGGAGAUGGAGGGGUCACACACCGUCCAAAACUUGUAUGACUCCCUCGACCUCCACGUCGGCCAGUGCAUGUCCGUCCUCGUCACCGCCGACCAGGCCCCGAAGGACUACUACUUUGUCGCCUCCAGUCGGUUCCUGAAGAAGCCGCUCGUCUCCGUGGGUGUCGUUCGCUACGCUAACGGCAAGGGCCCCGCCUCCCCCGCUCUCCCUCUGCCUCCCCCCGAGGGCACCGCCGGCAUCGCCUGGUCCGUGAACCAAUUCCGAUCCUUCAGGUGGAACCUGACUGCCAGCGCCGCCCGCCCCAACCCACAGGGCUCAUACCACUACGGAAAGAUCAACAUCACGCGCACAAUCAAGAUCGCCAACUCCCGCGCCCAAGUCAACGGCAAGCUCCGCUUCGCCAUCAACGGCGUGUCCCACGUCGACAGCGAGACCCCGCUCAAGCUGGUCGAGUACUUCGGGCUGGCCGACAAGGUCUUCUCCUACAACCUCGUGAAAGACGAGCCCCCGGUGGGGAACAGCCCCAUCGUCGUGGCCCCCAGCGUGAUCAACGCCACCCACCGCAACUUUGUGGAGAUUGUGUUCGAGAACACGGAGAACACGAUCCAGACGUGGCACCUGGACGGCUACUCGUUCUUCGCUGUGGCCAUCGAGCCCGGGAGGUGGACCCCCGAGAAGAGGAAGAACUACAACCUCCUGGAUGCGGUGAGCAGGCACACCAUCCAUGUUUAUCCCCAGUCGUGGGCCGCAGUCAUGACCACGCUUGACAAUGCCGGCCUGUGGAACCUCAGGUCGGACAUGGCCGAGAGGUCGUACCUGGGACAACAGGCAUACGUGAGCGUGCUGUCACCCAAUUUCUCAUUGAGGGAUGAGUACAACCUGCCCCCGAACCAGCAGAUCUGCGGCAUCGUCAAGGGCUUGCGCGACCCGGCUCCAUAUGUGUAA